CUCUGUUUUUAAUUAACUGUUCCAUUUAUUUUCCAAGGCGAGCAGCGGGACCGGGUUAGCCGUUAUAUUAAUUAUUAAACCCAUUCUGUGAGACCCCGUGGCCUCCACCAACGGGGAUCGAACCUACUUCCGCUCUAGUAGCUGAAAUAGACAGGCAGCUGGUACAUGUGACUCGCUCUUGCUUCACGCCGGCCGGUUUCGUUCGCCUCUUUCCUUCGCUUUUGGCUCUUCCUCUCUUGCAAAGAGGUACAACCCUGCACUAAUCGGUGAGCAGCCCCGACGAAGGCUAAGUUAUCGGGACAAGUUCCCUUUCACCUUGUUCUUGGUACUAGGAGAACAGCUAUGCUUGCUCGGGGAAGAACAAUUUUCUCUGGACUUUCUGUCUACUGGAAACCCCUCUUCAAAGGCCGCCUCCUGCUUGUAACCAACACGGUCAGCUGUGGAGGGCUUCUAGCAGCAGGAGAUGCACUCCGCCAAUCCUGGGAGAUAAAGAAGGACUCUAAACAGAAAUGGGAUCGUGCCCGGACAGCACGAAUGUUCGCCAUCGGCUGCACUAUGGGCCCAAUGAUGCACUACUGGUACCUGUGGCUAGACAGGGCCUUCCCUGCUGCUGGCUUCAGUGGCAUCAGGACCGUCCUGAAAAAAGUUUUAAUUGAUCAGAUCGUUGCCUCGCCAGUCUUCGGGGUUUGGUAUUUCAUAGGGAUUGGAUCUUUAGAAGGACAGACUCUGGAGCAAAGCUGGCAUGAAUUGGAGGAGAAUUUUUGGGAAUUCUACAAGAUGGACUGGUGUGUGUGGCCACCAACGCAGCUGAUCAACUUUCUGUUCCUGCCACCCACGUAUCGAGUGAUUUACAUGAAUGUCAUCACUCUAGGAUGGGACACUUACCUAUCAUACCUUAAAUAUCGUAAUAAAAAGCCAUCACUCAGCCAGGAUGAAGCCUCUAAACCUUGCACUUCUGAGAUCCAGACUACUGGGUGAAAAAUGUGAAUAACCAAACUACUUCUUAAAAACUCGAAGCAGUCCACAGCAUCUUUUUUUUUUUUUUUUUUGAAAAAUACUAUUUGAAUUCUUCUAUGUGGCAAAUGGUGGCUGAAUGAAUCUGUUUUCUGCAAGCAAUUCUGAUUUUCCUUGUCAAAAACUCUGUAAUAAGAACGAGACUGAAGGCUCAGAGCACUUUUCCUUUGACAGGAUGGUGCGAAUUGAAGCAGCAACCAGCAUCUAGCAAGCAAAAGUGCUGCCCCUUAAAAGUGCCAAAUUAUAGAUUUUUCUAAUUUAUUUAUUUAUUAAUUUUGUAUCAUCUCACGAUUUUGGAUGGCAUGCAAGAAUCUCAACAGUGAUCUUAAAAUCAAUCGUCAUCAAAAACAGAGACUAAGAAAAUAUGUCCAUCUUCCUUCUCAAACUAAGUCUCAGAGAAAUCAGGAAAGUUUUCCAGAGCUUCCCAAAAGCCAAGAAUGAUGCAUCAGAUGCCUUCUAGGGAAGGCAUUAUUCCAUAGAGCGGUGUUUCUCAACCUCAACAGCUUUAAGAUAAGUGGACUUCGACUCCUAGAAUUCCACAGCCAGCAACGGGGUGGGGCCAUAUUUGAGAACUGUUGAUUGUCUUCAGAUGGUUCAAAUUAGCAACUCAGUUCAUUCUUUGGAGGAUGAAUGCAUCUAUUUUGGAAAUAAUAACUAUUUAGAUAACAGGAAAGUCAGACAAGAUAAGAAAGGGAGAACUAAAAGGGGGAAAAUUCGUUUUGGUACCUGUACAUCCACAGCAUCCUUUACAGAACAUGCUGCCAGAGGAGAUGGAUUUGGGCAGCCUAUACAUUUAAUUAAUAUAUCUUUAAAAAUUACAAACAAGCUUGAGAGUAACUUCAUCCCAUGACUGUGUUAAAAGAUUAAAUAUGGGAAACUAGAUUGUGUCCUUAUUGUUAUGCUCACAAGCAGUGCCACAGCAGGUAGAAUAAAAAAAGGCCUUAAAACCAAGAGUGAGUGACCUAAUGACUCUAAAGCAUGGGAAUUUUUCAAUUCCUUAUUUUUUUUUUCCUUCAGUGGAUUAGAGAAAUACAUCAGGGAAAUGUUUGCUCACAAUAUAUCCAGACUUUUCUUGAACUUAUUCUUCCAUCUUAUGUACUAUAUUUGCUGCAUAAGUAGAUCAAACUGCCAGGGGUGGUUGUGUGGAACAUUAGGGUUGCAGUAAAUAUUAUGGUGUCUAUGGAGAUUCUCAAUGAUCGAGGUCAUGGUCAUCUCAAAAGUGCAUUUUCCAAAAAGCAACUGGACUUGUUGGGGUUUUUUUUCUUCUUUUCUUUGAAAACGUUUCACUUCUCCUCUAAGAGCUGAAGUACUUUCUCGGAGGAGAAGCAAAAUAUUUUCAAAGAAAUUAAACCAAGAAAAUCUAGUUGCCUUUUGGAAAAAGCACCUUUAGGAUAAAUAUGCUGAUGUUACCUAGUUCUCUGUAUUAUGCCACUCAACUUCAGAGACAUAGCAUGGACCCUUGGAAGAUUGCAUGGUCCUUGGUGUUCUCUGAGUUUGGUGGCUUUCAUCAGUGCCCUGAUGACGUUAUCUAGUUUGGUAAUGAAAUGUCUGCAAGAAAACCAAGCUCAAAGAGCAUCAAGGACUCAGCAGUUCAACCAUGAACUACAAAUAUACUCUUCUAUCAGUACACUUGGAUGAGAGAAUAUAUUGGUGUGAUAAGCAGAGAAGAUGGGUGUGCUAUGGGUCCAAAAGAAAUAAUGUUACAGUAUUGUGAUUUAAACUGGGCUGGAUGGUGCUACACUCCGUCCAUAGGUUAUGUGUGAUCCCCAGGAGAUUGUUCAGAGAAAUCAAUGGUAAAAAGUGCAUUUCCACAAUCAUGCUAAGCAUAUCAGUUCCAAUUGUUUGUGGCCAGCUGGAUUUGGCAACAGUUAUACACAUUUUUGCUGUAUCUCAUUUGUUGUACAUGUAGUCCUCAACUUACAGCCAUUCAUUUAAUGACUGUUCGAAGUUACAACGGCAUUGAAAAAAGCUACUUGAUGUUUUUCACAUUUGCAAUCACUGCAGCAUCCCCAUGUCAUGUGAUUAAAAUUCAGACACUUGGCAACUGUUUCAUAUUUUUAAGGUUUGCAGUGUCCCGGGGGUCAGGUGAUCCCCUCUGUAUUUAGAGGCCACCUGAAAAAGUUUGUAAACUUUUAAAGAUGAUUUUGUAAAUGAUCAGACAGUCUCUACACUAAUGUACUUUGGAAUAAAUGUAUUUCAAAUCAGAAAGUUCAGUUGCUGAUAUUAUUGUACCUGUCUCUUUCCGCUCAAUAAAUCUUAUUAAAGACUG